UGGUGGCAGUCCGGAGCAGUAGCGUUUGCUCAGUUAAACGAAGAGAACCAGACGAGUCCACAUCGCGCGACUCUAUCGAAGGGAGAGAAAGCGAGAAAGCCAGAGAGAGACUGCACCUUCAAAUCAGAUAUUAUAUUUGGAAAGCGGUUGCCGCCGACUUGGAGGGGGAACGAGGGAUUUGAUCAGCACCGUUAUUUUUUUCUUUUGUGUUUUCUUUUUUUUCUUUUCUGGGGGAAGGAUUGUGAGCGUUUGUGUGCAAAGAUGAUGGUCGGGGAGAUGGAGGUGAAGGAGAGACCGAGGCCGAGUCCCGACUAUCUCAUGCAGUUAUUAAACGAGAAGAAGCUCAUGACGAGUUUACCGAACCUGUGCGGCAUCUUCACACACCUGGAGAGACUCUUGGACGAAGAGAUAACCAGAGUGAGGAAAGACAUGUAUAACGACACAGUGAACGGUCUGGUGGACAAGCACCCACUGGAGUUACCCGAGCCAAUGGGACCCAUCGUACAUCUGCAGGAGAAACUCUUUGUACCGGUCAAAGAGUACCCAGAUUAUAAUUUUGUUGGGAGAAUCCUUGGCCCUCGUGGUCUAACGGCAAAGCAACUGGAGGCAGAGACUGGCUGCAAGAUCAUGGUGAGAGGGAGGAGCUCCAUGAGAGACAGAAAGAAGGAGGAGCAGAACAGAGGGAAGCCGAACUGGGAGCACCUAAAUGAAGAGCUGCAUGUGCUGAUCACAGUGGAGGACACGCAGACUCGUGCCGAGAUCAAGAUGAGAAGAGCGGUCGAAGAGGUCAAGAAGCUGCUGGUGCCUGCAGCAGAAGGAGAAGAUAAUCUAAAGAAGAUGCAGCUGAUGGAGCUGGCCAUUCUGAACGGAACGUACAGAGACACCAACAUAAAAACGCCCACCCUUGCGUUCUCUCUUGCAGCAGCGGCAGCGGCUGCUCAAGGCCAGCGUUUGAUCGCAUCCCCUGCGGGUCAGGUCCUCUCCCCGUCUGCCCUCAGGCCCCCCACUCCGGCAGGGACCCCCAUUAUGAACAUCAUUCGGCCCACUCAGAUGGCCACCGUGCUACCCAACGGCACCCCUACAUUGGUGCCCCCGACGCCUGACGGGGGCAUUAUCUACACCACGCCCUAUGAUUACCCUUAUGCCUUGGCACCCACGUCUCUGCUGGAAUAUCCCAUCGAGCACAGCGGAGUCCUAGGUAAGCGGGCGUGGGGGCUUGGCACUUCACCCUUUGGUGCCCCGCAAGAGGGCUUUGCUGGGGUGUUUUACGGGGGCAUGUUCGAUGGGGCGUCUCCCGGCCCCGUUCAGGACUCACUCAAAGGUGCAAUGGCUACUAAAGUGCGGAGACAUGAUUCACGGGUCCAUCCUUACCAAAGGAUAGUGACCGCAGACAGAGCCGCCACCGGCAACUAACAAAUGACCUCUGAACUCUGAACUCUUCACCCAAUGAUGAGCCGCCCAAGCCUGCCUGCUGAUCAGAUUAACUGGUAAUUGCCUUUUGCUAGCCUGGUGGACACAGAGAGAGAGGCACCUGUCCGAGCAGUGAUCCUAACACAAACCAACAUAAAACACAACAACCCUCCAUACCAACACGUUGUGUAGCGAUAACAACUAUGAUACUUUAUUAUAUUAUGUUGUUUGUUUGUUUUUUUUAUUAUUAUUUCUUUCUUUCUUUUUAAACCUCAAAUGACUGGGUGGAUGUUAACAGUGAUGUUGCGUUACCCAAAAAUCUGCACUGAAGUUUAAAAGCAAUAAAGAAGCAUCUUCUGCUAAUUUAGCCCUUAAAUGCAUUUAUACUCUCAAAGCAAAAAUUAAAAAAAAACAUGACGAUGACCCCAGUUUUAGCAGUUAUAACGCUAAACGGGGCGUCAGGAUCCAGAUUACGUCUAUACGCUACCCCACCCAUUUAAACUGUCACUAUGAAUCAACAAAAGAAAAAGAAGGAAAGAAACCUGCACUCACACCAACUUGUGUAUUUCCUGUCCUUCUCUGAUGUAAUCCUGUGUGUUUCAUUUGAUUAGUUUUACUGUGCUGACACAUUCUGGGUGUGCCUGUCCAGCUGACUUAGAGCAUGGCUACAAUGACAGAUUGCAAAAAGCUUGUUUUGAUUUCUUUGUUCUGUUACUUCUCCCUAUUUUAUUUCUUAUGUUUCCAUGUAUCUUAUUAGCGUUUGGCAAUACUUGCAGAUUUAUAUGUGCUGCUCAUCGCAGUAUCUGUGCCAGCUCAGUAGGGGGCAGUAAGCAGAGUCAGGCAGGGCAAUAGCAGGAGAUAUAGGGGUGAAGUGUUUUUGGAGUCUUUAAAUCUAGGAUAUUCAGGGUUGGACAGCUGGGAUAUUAACCGGAAUCAGUUUACUGAACUAUGCCAUCCCAAAAACUCUCAACCCCUCCCUAUAUACAGUGCCUGAACUUUCUACAAAUCUUUCUUUGAAUGAGCUGUGAGAUAAAAGACGAAAAAAAAAAAAGACAAAGUAUUACGUGUGCGCGUUUAGCCAAAGGGUUUCCAUUUAAUGAAUUUCAUAUAUAUAUCUAACCGCCAAGGGUUCUGUCAUGCUAGUCUAGGGUUUGAAAAGGUUUGGUCCCAUGCCUGUAUCUGUGUUAUAAUAAUGAAUCAAAAAUGGAUGAAAUGGUGAUGAAUUGUACCACAAGACGCUAAUUUCCUUGAGUAUGUACAAAAAAAAAACCACACACACUAAGGAAGAUGAAUGAGGUAAAUAGAACGGGGGAGGGCAUUACCUCAUUGCUGUAUGUGCACACUUUUCUUUCUUUUGUUUCUGCUGAUUUAUUCUAUAGAAAAACUCCCAUCUUCCAAAAAAAAUAGUUAGCUGAGCUGAAACAAAAUGCGAGGGAUCUUGUUAAUGCCCUUAUUAACUUAAAUUCACAAAUGAGAAGCAACUGUGUUAUUUCGAUUCGUUUCAAACGCCCGUAUCAGAUAGCCCAUCCACAAUGUGUCCAGCACACCCCCAGCUAUUGAGCCCACUCUCUCAUUUCUAUACACCCCCUUAAAAAACAUAGGAUGUGAAAGCCAUCUCUGCCUGUUCGAAUUGCUUUAUACAUACAUGAUAUAUAUAUACAUACAUACACAAAUGUAGAUAGGUCAUUGCAUAUUAAAAUACAGAAAGAUCAAAAUUAGAUACUUUUACAGGGUGCUGGAGAAAUAUAUAUUUUUGGCGAUUUUAGCUUUUUAUACUUAACUUGCAGUUACAAAAUAUGAAACGUAAUACAAAAAAAAUAAAAAAUAUAUAUAUAAAACCGUUUGUAGAAUAGUACAGCGAAAGGUGAUAAAGAAAUGUUGUGUGACUUUGGAUACUAUUGGCCAGGGGGAAAAAAAGCAGACCAAAAUAGUCAAACUUUGGAAUGUUGGAGGAAUUGCAUGACAUGAGAGGAGAAGACGAGUACAGUUAAGAGGGAUAAGUGCCUUACCGACGGUCGUUUCUUUUUCCGAGUGUUACAUUCUGUUCAAUAAUAUCCAGCACCAACUAGGAGAGCGCAGAGCGAGCGGGGGAGGGUUUGUGAAGAGGAAGCACCCCAAGAGUUAAACCACAAGGCUGUUGCAGUGUUGUGCCACUGAAUCUAUUCUAUGCAAAGGAAUAGCAGUCAUUUGACCAGCUAACUAUGUGCCAUGAUUCGUCUUCCCAAAAUUAAGUUGAAGUCUGGUUGUUUUUCCUUUAAUCCCCAUUUGAACAAAGUGUUUUAUUUUUCUCUGUAUUUUAUUGCAUUGUUAUUCUUAUAUUAGGAGGACAAAAUCAGCAAUGCCAUCUAUGUAUUUGGUUACUGUGAUUUUUGUCGAGAACUGCCAAUCAUGACGUGAAAGUCUGCCAGGUGUUUUACAAGAAGAAAUCAUUUAAUUGGACUUCACCUGAAACCUCCUCUUGUUUCAAGACUUGCAAACUGAAAACUUUCAAUCAUUGCCUCAACUUUUUUAGUGCCAAAACAUACUAAUUUUUAUGCCAAGGAAGUACCUUUUUUUUUUUUUUUUUGGCUUUUGCUUUUUGCUUUCAGAGACCGAGAGAGGAGGGCAGAGGGAAAUAUGUAGCUUUACAGUGCACUGAUUUGACAAAAAGAAAUAAUGCAGGGGGGGAGAAAAUAGAGCAAUUUAUUAAAAGUAUUUGUGAGAUGGAUGAGAGAGAGAGGAUGAGAAGGAUAUCCGUCUGCUGCCGCAUUCGUGCCAAACCCGAACAGUCACACAAGAGCCACAGUAUCAAAUCACAGUCUAAAGAUCAAAUCUCCCCUGAGCAGUUUUCAGUCGUUGAAGCAAUCGGAGGUGUUCGUCAGAUUGAAUAAGAUCACGCGUAACUUUGUGUCCUGUAACCCUGGCAGGCUCUGGUUUUGUCUUGUUCUUCACUUUUGUUACACAAAAAAAGGUCAAUGUCUUUUUUUUUUCUCUCUCUCUCUCUUCUCAGUGUUAAAUACAUGUUUUUUAAACAUUAAAAUAAUGAAAUGCAAUAUUAGAGAGGAGCAUAGAUAACUGCAGAGAAAUGGACAGUAUUAAGCGAAUCCCCUCUGCCAUGUUACUACGUGCUGUUAAUGUUUUGGACUUGGGGUUAGUCCAUCAGGUGUAUGGAGAAAUCUCUCUUCCGCCUGCCUACUACAUGUGUAAUAAUGUAAAUUACAGCCAUUGUUACAGGUUUCUAAUGUAUUUUUCUAACUUCAUUUUCUAUGUACAAGUCAUUUUUUCUGAUCUCCUUUUGUGAUGAAACCCACUACACACUAUUUUUUUUGUUUGUUUGUUUUUUCAUGUCCUCUCUUCUCCUCUUCCCUCCCUCUCGGCCCACUCUACUCAGAUAUGUCUCUCUCAUUGGGAGCGUUGCCUUUUCCUAGAGUUAUUUUGUUUUCUUGCUGAUUCUUUAGCUUGUUUAACUCAUUAGCAACUUAUUAGUUCCUCUUGUCAUAGGUAUUUUUACAUGCUUGCAUUUAGUUUUUAUGGUGUAUGCUGUUAUUUUUUUCUUAUUAACCUCCUUGGCAUUUAUUUUAAUAAAACAUUCUUAGUAAGAAUUUUACUAACUUGCUGAUAUUAUUUUGUGUUGUGUUCUUUUUUAACCAGUUUAAUGAAUCUACUACCUUGGUCUGGUUCACGGACUAACACGAUUAAAUCUGGUGUGUGAACACCCUCACAGUUUCUCACAUAUAUGCACACACACACACACCUCACUUACUCACUCAAAUGCAUUUUUCAGAGGUCCAUAUACACACACUCACACUCACUUUCACGCAGUCUAACAGGUAAAUGUGCACAAGGCAGUCCGUCCUUCACUCCGCUCCUGCACUCUCAUCUUUGUCGCUGUAGAAAUCUUCCCAAGCUUGUCUGCCUCACUGUUCACGCAGUUUAUUGGUGCUGCUGGUGUUUCCUUGUUUUGUUUUGUUUGGGAAAAAAAACGCUGCUUUCCAUAGAACUGGAUGUAAUUGGGAUUUAGGUCUAUUUGUAAAGUUAAAGCCCAUAACGUUGUCCACAAUUAAUAAUAAACCCGACAAUAACUGGAAGUAUUUGGUUUUGUAGGACUAGUUUUUCUUUUGAAAAAGUAAAUGUCCAGAAAUAACCUGGAAAGCCUCAGGAAUCGGUGCAUUUGCUGCCGCUUGUCGAAUGUAUUGUUUUGGAGUGACUUAAUUCUCCCAUGUCAGUGCUAAUGUUCGGCAGUGCACCUUAUCUCGACGUCCUUAUCGAGCCAUCAGACUUCAUAUGUAAUGGGUCAUGUGGAGUUUUGCAGAGGAGGCGUGAGCUUGUGUCUGGAGGGGCUGCUGGCUGUUUGCUUUCACACCUAAACGGACAAAAUACUAACCCUGAACUGCUUGGGUCUUGUUGCCAUGGAGACUAAAGGCAGUGUCCUCACUGAAAGAUCUUUAAGAUACGUGAAAUUAAAUUUUCUUUUUAUUUAUACAGUAUUUUCUAUUGGCAAAAUGUUUUGUAAACAACCAAGCACAAUAUGUACUUAUGUGAUUUUGUUUUUUGUCCUCAUCCUAAGUUUUUUUUUACUUAUUUGAAAUGCAUUGCAACUGAACAAAUAAAUAGUGUGUUUUUAGACCAUUCUUAUCCCACUGAGUGAAGCUUCGGAAUGGUAAACAUGCUUAAUAUGUUGACUGACUGAAUUUGUAUUAAUCUUCAUUUUGAAGAGCAAUCAACAAAGCCUUACUAUUAUAUUAAUAAAGGGAAGGGUCCUCAGGGAAUUUUCUCUCAGGUCACAAUCACCAGCUUCUAAUUGGUUAAUUACACAAUUAUUUUAAUAAUUCAUCUGAUUUUGAUGCACCUGUACUUUAAGACAAACUGAAUGAUGAUAUUUGAAGAAUUUGCCAUUUAUAGGAGGAUAUACAAGAGUUUCUGUGUGGAGAUUUCUGUGCUGUAGCACGUUUCUCAAUUGCCUGUUAGAAGUAAAACUUUAUGAAUAAAAAACCUUCAGUGCAA